AUGCCACGCGCUCCCGACAAGAACCCCGUGCUUCAAGAGAUCCGCAAGGCCUUCGACCAGCCAAGCCUUCGAAGUCCAAAGCCCCAAGCUCUCAGCUCACUAGAGAUUCGAAACGGCCGGAAGACGAGCCACUGGAUUUGGUGGGUCUGGCCCAGUUUGGACCCAGUGCGGAAGACCUCACGGCCACAGUACUCCCUCCGAAACCUGGCGGAUGUCCAGGCCUUCCUAUCGGAUCCUGGCCUGCGGAAGAACCUCUACGAAAUCACUGAGGUGGCCUUGAACCACCUUCAGAAAGGCGUUCCUGCUGGAACCUUGUUCGGCUCCCGGACCGACGUGGAAAAGUUUGGAGAGACGGCCACCUGCUUCGCGCUGGCAUCGCUGGAGGCGCGUGAUCUGCAGCUGGCGGAGCUGAUGAUGUCUUGUCUGGAAGCGCUUGGGGGUCUGCACAAGGAGACAGUGAAGUACUUGGUCUCUGAAGGCGUGUCCAUCGCUUCACACUCCUCUGAUAUUGACCUGGACUCCCUGCGCGAUGCGCUCGCAAGGUUGCAGGAAACAACCCCCAGUUCCGAUCCAGAGCGCGCCGAAGCUGGCGCCGAAGCUGGCGCCGAAGAAGCCGCUGAGCCAGCUGCAGAGCUCCCCGAAGCUGCAGCCUGA